CAUAGCUCUAGCGGUAAAGUUUGUUAGUGACACCUUAAAUUAGACUUUAGUUUGGGCCUCCACAGUCGUUUCAGCUGUUCGUCCCGUCUUCGUGGAGUGACGUACAGAAUGAGGGGUUCCGUCCCAAGCUUUAUUUUCCCCUGACCAUCAUCUCGUCGUUGUCAUCGUCGAGAACAGUCAUCGGACGUAUAUAUCACCACCCAACGCCGUCGUCUCAACCCGUGGAUAUCGGCCCCAUCCGUACCUGACUCGGUCCAAACAUUCAUCCGCAGCCAUGCUCCCGGUUCCUCUCAUCCAGCUCCAGUGCGGGGUCAACUCGUACGAAUGGGGAAAGAAGGGCAACUCCUCGCGCGCCGCCCAGUUUGCUGCUGCCUCUCUACCCGAGAACGACUUUAAGAUUGAGGACGAGAAGCCAUACGCAGAGCUAUGGAUGGGCACGCACCCCUCCAACCCAUCCAAGGACAAACACACGGGCCGUACCCUCCUCGAGCUCGUCCAAGAUAACCAAGCCCUCCUCUCCCCCGCCAUCGCCGAGCGCUACCAGAACAAGCUGCCCUUCCUUUUCAAGGUCCUCUCCAUCCAGAAAGCCCUGUCCAUCCAGGCGCAUCCCAACAAGAAGCUCGCCGAGAAGCUGCACGCUCGCGACCCCAAGAACUACCCCGAUGACAACCACAAGCCCGAGAUGGCCAUUGCCAUCAGCGACUUUGAGGGUCUUUGCGGGUUCCGUCCGUUGAAGGAGAUCGCCCACUUUCUCGACAAUGUGCCUGCUUUGCGACAGCUGGUAGGCGAGGACAAGGCGAAGGCAUUCGUCGAGACUGUCAACAAGAAUGAUGGGAACGAAUCGGAGGAGGCCACGGCGGAGAACAAGAAGGUCCUACAAAGCGUCUUUGGCGCGCUCAUGGCUUCAUCGGAGGAGGAUAUGGCUGCUGCUGCCGAGAAGCUCGUCGAGUCGGCCAAGAGCGCUGGUGCUGAUUUCGCCGGCACCGCUGUGCCCUCGCCGGGUGGUGCCAAGCUCUCCGAGCUGGUCGGCCGUCUCUACGGACAGUUUGGUGCUGACUACGGCCUCUUCGUUCUUUUCUUCCUCAACUUUGUCGAGAUGAAGGCUGGCGAAGCGAUCUACCUCCGGGCAGACGACAUCCAUGCCUACAUCAGCGGCGACAUCAUCGAGUGCAUGGCCAGCAGCGACAAUGUCGUGCGCGCUGGCUUCACACCCAAGUUCAAGGACGUCGACAAUUUGGUCAAUAUGCUUACAUACGACUUUGCGCCUAUCGAACAGCAGAAGAUGGAGCCAACCGACUAUACACAGGAUGUCAAGAACAAGCGCGAAGCCGGCGCGACAUUGAACCAGGCUGCGAUCGACUCCCAAUCAGAGGUCACGGAGUACAACCCACCAAUCGAGGAGUUCAGCGUUGUCCGCUCGUUGCUCAAGAGCCAGGGAUCCAAGGCAUCCUUUAAGCCCAUUGACGGCCCAAGCAUCAUCAUCUGCACCGAGGGUCAGGGCAAGAUUUCAGUCGGCCCCAAGGUACAAGAGAUCAAGAAGGGUCACGUUUUCUUCGUCGGCGCUACGGCGGAGUGUGUUCUCGAGAGCGAGGAUAACGAGUUCGAGACGUUCAAGGCCUUUUGCGUGUUGGACGAGCAGAGUAAUGGGAAUUGACUGUCCAAACUAUGACGGUUAAAACACAGUCUCGAAAAAUGGUGGAAG